AUGUCAACUGAACAUCAUCAUCAUCAUCAUCAUCAUGAACAUCAUCAGCAUGCAACUGAUAAGUUUAUCAAAGAAGGUAGACCAAUUCUAAUUGGUGAUAUUAGUGAAGCUGAUAGAAAAGGCAUCCAACAAAGAUUAGACCAUAUUCAUGCCGUUAAAGAUGACAGUGGUAGUAUUAUCACUGCCAAUGAUUGGGGACAGCUUAUUGGCGUUGUAAUAGGUUUCACCCCAUAUGUCGGUCCAUUGCUUAAAGCUGGUUUCAAUAUUAUUUGGGGAAAACUAUUCUCAAAAGAAUCUCAAUACAUUACUAAAGAUCAGUUUAAUCAAGAGAUGACCGAAUUAUAUACAAAGGUCGAGAAUAUGGUCAAUGAGAAAUUGGAUCAAAAUGAAAUCAAUAGAUGCAGUGCAAUGUUUGCCGAUUGUCAAAAUAGAGGAAACAAUUUCAAUGAUCUUCUCACCUUGCUAACCCAGAGACAAGCAGCCAAAGCCGGUUUCAUUGUCGACACUAAACAUGGACAUUGGGUUAAACCAGCUGCUCACUUGGCAAAUUUAGCGGAUGACAAUCUUAAAGAGAUGAUCAGAUCAGAGUUUUUAAGCUAUCGUGAUUUCCUCGAAGGUGCAAUCAUCAACUUCUCACAACCAAUGUACGCACAUAUCCUUGGUAAUCUUUUAUCAAUGACCAUGUUCAUCUAUGCCAAUAUGAUGAGAGAUGCUGCACUUCAAGGAAUCGGAUGGGGAUUUCCCGAUGAUUAUGUCAAUGGUUCUGGUAAAGUUAAAGGAUUGAAAGCAAUUCUUCAUGAUAAGAUUCAACAAUAUCAUAUGGAUCUGACCAGAUAUUUACCAGAUAAUGGAUGGACUUUGUCUGGAUCUAUUAAUGAGCUUGAUUUCUUUGAAUACCCACAACCAGUCAAAAGAGUCACAAUCAACAAUGGUGUAUUCGAUUGCUCAGACCCAAAUACAGCAUUCAAAGUAUUCAAAUGUGAUCCAUCUGGUAUUGCUGGAUAUAGUCUAGACAGUCAUUAUGAUACAGUAUCUGGAUACAAUCCUCCACUGAUUUCAUCAUCUCCAUGGAAACAUAAGUUCUCAGUCGUUAGAAACAAUCCAAGUCCAGGAACUCAAUUUGGAAAUUUCGUGAUGUCAUUUGCAAUGUACAAUGGAUAUGGUAUUAAUCUUUACGUUAAUGGUACCAAAUAUGAUGUCAUUGCAACAGAUGGACAUAAGAAUGGAACAAGAUCUUGUUAUUACUACAACGAAUGGAUAGUUAAAUAUGGACAAUCCUACAGUGAUAACUCUAUCUUCUCAAUUCCAAUUCAACUUUCAGGUACUAGAUUUGAUUUUGAAAUAGAAAGUGGAUCCGGUGAACUUAACAGUCUUGAAUUUACAUUCAAUUAUUAA